AUGCCCCAUCUCGUGGGAGUCGCCCUCGUGAUCGGCGCCGGAUCAAGCUAUGGGCGAGCCGUCACCAGCCUGCUGAUAGAAAAUGGGUGCCAGAAGAUUAUCCUCGGCGACGCCAACGAGGAGGAACUCUUGAGGCUACAGGCAUGCUUCCAAGGCUCAGAUUGUGCAAGGGCUCGAGUAGUGUCCAAGACAUGCGAUGUCAACAACGCAGAGGACAUCGACAGGAUCAUUGAAUUUGGAGUCGCGGAGUUCGGGGCCAUCGACUAUUGUGCCAAUUGUGAAAGUUUCAACGCUUCCAAGGGCCAGACCACGGACAUCACACUGGAGGAAUUCACUCAGGCUAGCGAUAGAUGGCAGAAAGGGACAUGGCUGGCCAUGCGAGCUGAAGUACGGCAUUUCCUCAAGCAACAGGAAAAGAAUCCUUCAGCUAUUGGCAGUAUAGUGAAUAUUACGGCAGCACAAGGUUUAGCAAGCGACGCAGGACUUCCAAGCCACUGCGCUGCAGCACAUGGAAUUGUGGGAAUGUCAAGGGCGACCGCUAUGGAUUACGUCAAGAAAGGUAUUCGUAUCAAUUGUGUCUGUGCGGGUACCCCGGGAGCACCUGGCCACGAUGUUCAUUCCCAGGCAGAUGCGUUUCCCAGGGCGCCCAACGACCGACAUAUAGCUCCAGAGGAUGUGGCUCAUGCAGUAGUCUUUCUCCUGAGUGAAGCUGCCUCCAGCAUCACUGGGAUCGAGCUGCCAGUGGAUGGAGGCUGGUCGCUGUACCACUAUUGA